CCACAAUUCUCAUAGAAUUCCUUCUUUUUCGCCCUCAAGUUCGCAAAUUGCAGAUGUUUCACCAAUGACACGACCUUCCAACCAUCCAAAAACCAGUACAUUGGCAACAUGCCUCGCUCAACAACCAUAGCUUUACCGGUUAGACUACUUCCGCCUACGGAGCACCCAGUCUCGAGCCUUCCAUAACUGGCAUUGGUGCUAACGACUAGCUAGGUAUCAAUCAUACAGCUUUCGGCCGUCCAUUCAAAAAGUCCAAUAUGAACGCUCGCAUAAUUUGUUCACUCGCUACUUUACCAUACACACAACAACCAAGCAAGCAACCAACCAAAUAACAUCGCCAACAAAAGCAAAUCCGCAACCAUGGUAACAACACUCUGUCGUUCUCCUGUUCUGACCAUUGACUGCAGCAGCAACAAGCGCAGCUUUGGUGAGGAAGACCCAGUCGACGACUUUGUCUACCAGACUCCUCCCCUUACAUGGCACAAGAAGCGCUGUACCGAUGAACAUUUCUUUUCACCUCCCCCUCCUCCACGAGGCAAGUGUUCGACAGCACGCCACUUUUUCGUCUUUCAAGAACAGGACGUGGCCGACAUUAUGUUGCCCGAAUUGGCCAAGCCGCUUCCUGUAGUACCUGACCAAGAAAACUUGACCGCCGACGUGAAACCUCUUGUUCGACUGCAAUAUCGUCGGCCACCAUCUCCCGACAUUAUCUUGCCGCUGCCAAUCUCUCAACCCAAGAGAAUAAACCGGCUGCCCCUAGCACCCGUGCUCGAAGAAGAAGAAGAAGACAGCGCACUCAUGCCACCACCACUUCCGCCAAAGAAACGUUCGCUCAAGGAUGGACAUGAUCAUCAUCAUCACGACCGAGAGAAUCACCCUGCCAAUGGCUGGUGUCGUCCCAAUCUUCCGGACGCACCGACAAGAGCGGGAACCGAGUAUGCUCGAUGCGCGUAACAAUGGCUUUGUUUUGCAAGGCGCGCCUUUUCUAGAGGAGAGCAGCUAUCCACAACCAUACAGUACUGACGGCCUCAUGCCAAUCAUGCCAAUCAUGCCAACAUCCAGUCAGCUGAUGGAGCGCUUUCCCGUGCCGGUAUCUCUGUGCUGCAUGUCAUAUCUGGAAAGUUGGAACCUCACGGUGGCACGAACGAAUACACAAGUGGCAGUAUAGCUUCUGAUCAGUACCAUGGCCAGCAGUGAAAUUGGGACUAUCCAUACGUUACCUAUGCAACGACAAUACGGUACGAUCAAGCCAUAAGGAGCAUCUAUUCUC